GAAACUUGCAGGCAGAAGUUGUGAAGUUUGGUUGUGCCCUGUGGAGGGAAGCUGUGCUGAUGUGGUUGUGGGUGAGAGAUGUCUUCACUUCUCCCUGCAGUGGCUGAACAACUGUUCCGGGACAUCCACAGGACAUACCGGGAGACGUCUCACAUUCCAGAUGACCUGCUUAUCGCGCUGAAGUUUGUCUUUGGUCCCUGCGCGUUACAGGCUUUGGACCUGGUCGACCAACGUUCAGUCACCUGUCUGUCUUCUCCCAGUGGACGUAAGGCCUUCCAGGUAAUCGGAGCGUCGGGGCAUUUGUACACUUGCUUUGUGUCCUGUCACUACUGCCCGUGUCCGGCCUUCGCCUACACUGUGCUCCGCAGAAACGAAGGUCUACUGUGCAAACACAUCCUGGCUGCCUACCUCUGUCAGGCCAUGGGUGUGACUCAGCAGGAGAGUGUGUCUGAUCAGCAGAUGUCGAUGCUGCUCAGCGGGACCGCAGCCCCCUGACACGCAGGUACGUUGACCACCAAGUUCAGCAGCAGGAGCAGCACGUCUGGCUCCAAAGGGACAGCAUGGAGCCUCCUGGAUGACGCCCCACGUUUCACACUCAAAUUUUGUGCCACUGCAGAGAAGCGCUCUCAAAGUACGGCCACACUAAUGCUCUUACAGAAGACUGUGUGAGAGGUACCAGAUGUUGCUUUAUUUAUUUUAUUUAGUUGAAAGAAACCUCAAUCUGUGGCAAGGGAAACAUCUGUUCAUUGUGUGCGUGCUUCUUGAUGUUGUGAAGUUAUUUCUUGUCCCAUUAUUUAAGGAAGUAUUGUUCAUGUGCAUGCUGAAGUGACCUCAGACCCAUUUUUUAAACUUAAUAUAUUUUAUAUGGAAGUGUAAACACAAUCUGUUAUUUCUACCAACCAAACAUCAAACUCCUACCGAUUUCUAUUCUUCUCUACUCCACUCUUUCAUCAGUGUUUCUAUGUGACCGUUCCCAUUUUGUUUAUUGUUUGUCACAUUAUUCAAAGAAGUAUUGUGCACCUGCAUGCUGAAGUCACCUCAGACAUAUGGCUGUCCUUUGCUCUAUUUUGUGAACAGAAUUUUGGAAAUGUUUUUUUUUCAUGGAAUAAAGAUUGAUCUGUAACAAUAUAAA